AUGGAUUCAAGGCUGUACAAAGUUGCAAAAUCAGGCAACAUUCAUUUUCUCUUACACCUUCUCAAUGAAAAUCCAAGCCUGCUUACUAAACUUACUCCACAAGGGAACACACCACUCCAUAUUGCGGUGCAAUUUGGACAUAAAGGAGUUGUUGUUGAAAUCUAUAAUAGAUGCAGGUCUCUGCUUACGAGGCUGAAUUCCAAUGGAGACAGUCCUCUACAUGUUGCUGCAAGGUGUGGACACUUCUCUAUUGUUGGGUUUCUGGUGAAAGAGGUUGUAUCUGCAAAAAGGAUAAGCACUCAAAAUGGAAAAACUAGCAAGUUUGACGUACUGAGGCAGGGAAAUAAGGACAACAAUACAAUUUUACAUGAGGCUGUUAUGAAUGGUAAUAUCAGUGUUGUGCAGUUGUUGCUAAGGGUUGAUCCUGAGUUGGCUUGUUUUGAAAAUUAUGCUGGCCAGUCUCCGUUGUUUCUUGCCGCUAGAGAAGGGAAGAAGGAUAUUUUGGAUCAGAUUCUGAUAUCAACUCCUCCUUCAGCUCAUGGAGGAUCAGAGGGCCAAACUGCUUUGCAUGCUGCUGUGAUAGAGAGGCAUUCAGAUAUCAUGGAAAUCCUCCUGAGAGAAAAACCACAACUCAUCAGAGAAGCUGACCAUCAUCUCAGGACGCCACUCUAUUAUGCUGCAUCCCUUGGAGACCACAAGGCGGUCGAAAGAUUGCUGGAAUUUGACACCUGUAUCGCGUAUGCAUUGGAUAGAGAUGGUCGUUCAGCACUUCAUGUUGCAGCUAAGAACGGUCAUGCCAAAGUAGUAGAAAGAAUUAUUUACUACUGCCCCGAUUCUGGAGAACUUCUGGACCUAAAUGGCAGGAGUGUUCUUCAUUUUGCCGUUCUUAGUGGGAAAGUAAAUGUGGUUAGAUGUGUGCUGGAAACGGCUGAACUACAAUGUCUCGUAAAUCAAGUGGACAAUGGUGGGAACACACCGUUGCAUUUGGCUGCUAUUGAAAAACAAACAUGGAUCAUGCUGUGCUUGAUAUGGGAUGAAAGAGUGGAUCAAAGAGCCAGAAAUGUAAGUGGCCAGUCAGUGUUCGAUAUCGAUGAGUCAAUCAGAGAAUCAUGCUUUACAUACCGCUGCAAUAUAAUCACAAGCAUAUGGAGGAAACUUAGCUCCGUAUCUAAUGGAAUCACCAAGAAAAAGAAUCCCCGAUAUUGUACAGACCAUGAAGCUAUUGCAAGGACUCAAACUUACAAGCGAAUGGGUCAUACCCUCUUAAUGGUAGCAACACUAAUAGCAACAGUAACAUUUGCAGCAGCUUUCACACUGCCUGGUGGCUUUGACAACAAUCUUGGCCCCAGGCAAGGCGUAGCACUACUGGAUUCAAGCAAAGCUCUAAAAUGGUUCAUUAUCACGGACGCGAUUGCCAUGACCAGCUCCAUAGUUGCAGCUUGCAUAAUAUUUUUGGGAGUUGUUAUUAACGACGGGUCCUAUGUUUACUACUUGGCAAGUGCGACGGUGCUAACUUGUAUAGCGCUUCAAUCAGCAGCUAUAGCAUUCCUAUCAGGAAUUGUUGCUGUUUUGCCUGACCAGCCCUUUGUUGACAGUGUAACUUAUAUAGUGGGGACUGCUUUCCAUGUUUGUAUCUUCUUGUUUCUUCUCCAAUUGGCGCAUAUUUUUCUUGUUUCUGAAAUCUGCCAGUUCUUGAUUUUUCGUUUCUGGAAGAUGAAGUCCAAGAUCAAUAAAUGA